AAAGCCGUGUCGCUCAUCUCCAGAAAUCCAGUCAUACCUCAACUCUCCUCCAGACACCACCAACUAACCAACUUUCUCCCCUCUCUCUCUCUCCCUCUCCAACUCUCUCUCACUCUUGGUCUCUCCACUCACAAAAUCUCAAUCUCCCCUUCAUCACAACAGCUACUUCUAAAUUAUCUAAUAAAGUACACUUCUAAUACACUUAAAAACUACAAAGAAGAGAGAUUCCAGUCAUCUCGUCAAGUCAGAAGCAAUCUAGUCAGAGAAUGAGAAAUUCUCACCCUGCCCCCAGCACCACGAGUCCCUAGUCCCUGUGCAGCAUAGUCAAGAAAAACUAAGUCAACUUGGAGUGCAGCUAGUCCAGUGUGUGAACUCUAGUGAAAGUAGUAACAGAAAGUGACAACUAGUCAUCAGAGGAGAAAGACCGAAGACCGAGUCAGUCAAUACGUCGUUCGUAAGUCUCACCUCCCGAUAGAAAUAAGAAAAUCCCAUCUAGUCUCAACUUGCCUCCGUCACCUAGUCAUCCAUCCCCAAUUAGUCAACCAUCUCAGUCAGCAAUAAUACCACGUCGUAGGUAAAUAGGAAUGCGAUCUAGUCCUUGAGGGAACAAAGCAAGUCCACAAACAGUCAAACCUUGAUGGCUGGCUCAAUCUCAUAGUCAAGGAUCAAGUCGAGUGAAGGAUCGUCGUCAACUAGUCAUCCGUCUGGUCUUCUGCAAGGUCUAGUCGUCCCAUUUGCAUAGCUGAGGUAGAUUCUUAGUCAUCAUCACCUCACAUAGUCAGUCACAUAGUCAGAACACAAAUGAGUCACCCAGAUCCCAUCACCUAGUCAAUUUUCUAGCCAUCUCACCUCCAAAGUCAACUAAUGUACACGGCGGCGAUGGACAAGUCGUCUCUAAGUGAGCUGUUCCUCCCACCCCGAUACCUGGGCGACUUUGCAAGUCACCACCACCACACCCCCACCGUGUCGCCCAAUCUGGCCGCUGCAGCCGCCUCCCUCCACCCAGCAGCCCUCCUCCACUGGGCGAAACUCUGGACGGAACACCAACACCAAAUCCAGCAACACCAAGUCCCCAGUGGAAAUAAGCUGUUGGUGAGCAGUCCAACGUCGUCCUCCUCGUCGCCACUCCCCCCACUGCUCCACAAUGGCCUCAACCUCCUCAGUCCACCCAGAAAGAUGGCCAAGACCUCCGCCUUCUCGCCUGUCCACCCAUCGCCCAACCAGCGACAAAGAGCGAUACCGCUCUCGUCUCCACGGGCGUCGGAGCAACUUCUCCUUUCGCCACGCCUUCUCCCCCUUUCCACAUUCCACCACCCACAGCAGCAGCAAUUGACGAGCCCAAGAACCAUCCACCACAACAACGGCCAUGAUGGUCACGAGGAGGACACAAAUUUCGACGAUAGCGACGAGGUUGGACUGGACCUAACUCUGAAGCGGCAUUCCUCGUCGACACCCCAGCCGCCAGCCGAACUGCUCCUUCUCAAAAAGAGACAACAGCAACACCACCACACGCCAGAGUCGGCUAGGAAGACGGGGACCUCUGCCUCCAUUCGGGCCACGAAGCAGUCGUCAUCAUCGGUGGUCGCAAGGAACGGGGUCGAGUCGCCGCCCUCGUCCUCCAACAGCAUGACGCCUGGGAAGCGGGGAAAGCAGGGCGGAGGUGCAAGUCCUUCUAAAAAGACAAAAGCCGUGCGACGCUUGCAGUUUGACGAGGAUAAGUCGUCACCCGUCUCGGGGACCAUCAUCCGCGACAUUGGGUCCGUGAGGGACGAGCGGAACCAGCUCCUGCUCCUCAAAGAGGAUGAAAAAUAUGAGGAAACGACAGCGCUGGGCAUUCAGGUCACUCGUCGGGGGGAUAUUGACCCUGCCUUCAACACGGUGGAGGUGACGGAUGAAGCGCGGGAGGAGUUGUCCCAAAUAGAGAACAAGAUCGGUGCGUACUUGUGCCGCCUGUGUCAAGAGGAGUACGAGGACGCCUUCGAGCUGGCCAGACAUCGCUGCGCCUGCAUCGUCCACGUCGAGUACCGCUGUCCCGAGUGUGACAAGGUCUUCAGCUGCCCCGCCAACCUUGCCUCACAUCGAAGGUGGCAUCGACCCCGUGGAAGUGGAACCACGUCCUCAAAAACGGGUAAAACAUCCAGCAAAGGAGCAUCCUCCAAGGGCGGCGCGUCCGCUGCGAGUAAGUUCCAGUUAGGGGGCGAGGAGGAAGACGAGAAUGUGACAGAGGUCGACUACCACCACCAUCAACGCAAUCAAGACAUGAAGCCAGUCUCGUUGUCCAAAGUCGAAUCAGUCACGUCUGAAGAUCAGGAUGACAUGGUGGCAGCUACAAAAUCGUCGUCGCGACAGUUGGAGUUUGACUACAACUGCGUCAUUUGUCGAAAAACGUUCCGCGACUACAAGGACUUCCAAAUCCACCUGGCGUCUCACCUCAUCCCCGAAAAGCACUCGCUCCCCUUCGCUGCAGACCUUGGUCCCCUGAGACCCUGGACGACCAACUCUGCGUCCCACAGCACCGGCACCCCACAAAUGUCCCCUCUCUCCUCCGCCUCCUCCUCCUCUCACGGCAGCUCCCACGGCUCCCUUUGAAAGAAUACUCACCCGUCCUCGCCCCUCGCCACCACUGAACUAGUCAGGAGGCAGUUUAGCGGUUAUCCUUUAGUCGAAUUUCAUACAUACGUACCUGCAAUCAAGUCAUUAUGUUAAUAAGUCACUAGCAUGUAGGCCAUGUCAACCAUAAAAGUCAUACAAUCAUUCAGGAAUGAAACCAAACCAGUCAGUCGAUUAAUUGAUUAGGUAGUCAGAAAACAUAGUCAUAAAUAAAAUAUAGUCAGAAAACGUAGUCAGAAAACGUGUAGUCAGAGAAUAUAGUCAGAAAAUAUAGUCAGUCGAGAUUUGAUGGUCGGGAACUUUGUGCUAAUAUUAUUUGCAAGUUUUUGAAUUAAUAUGCAAGAUACGCUUAUCAUUAGUCUCGUCAGUUCGAGUCAGUAUAUUUACAAAGAGUGUGGUACAAUCUAGUCAGGUGGAGAUCAGUUUGUUUGAUCUUGUCAUUGUUUUCCACGUCAUUUCAUCCCACUUUAUUUCACCCGAGGCUUUCUCAUUCAUCUCGUUCAUUUCAUAACACUUUCACCAAUUUCAUCAUUUUCAUAACAAUUUUCUCAUUCUGAGGAAGUCGGCAGUUAGGCAGGCAGGCAGGAAGAUAGGUAGGUCAUCAUCUCGUCUUACUCGGCAUGCUGCUGGAGUCAGGUCAGGUCCAGGUAUGAUUUAUGUGCAUAUGUAAUUGUUGUUUUUAGAAUGUUAUUCACCGUGUUUUUUAAUUUAAUUUUACUACUAAACUGUAUCAUUGGUUUCCGGCCGGACCUUGUACAUUGUUCAUGUAUGUAUGUAAGUGUUACCACAAUUUGUAGCACGUACUUAAGUAAGUAGUCGAUUAUGUAAGGCCUCAGCUAGGCAAUUAAUGUCUUGGCUGGAUUAAGAUAAGGCACCCACCCACCCACCAACAAUUAGGAUAAGUGUAUACGAACUGGCCAUAGUUAUCUAAGUAUUACGGCACAAGAGGCAACGGACACUGGUGUAAUAAUGAGCGUGACCCGGUCAAGUCAUACAUUUACAUAUGUAAACACAGGGUUUAUAUGUAUUUACAAUAGUCAUUGGCUGAGCAUGCUUCGUAGUUUUUACUUAAUUCACUUAACUUUUACAUUUAUCCAAAGUCAUAUAAUGCUAAGUCCCAAUUAAUAUUGCUUGUAGUCAAUAAGUAGGUUAGAACGAAAACGAACCAGCUUCAGUGUAGGUUUCGAGAGUGCAAUCUAGUCAAUUGCUGUGUAUAAACUAUAAGAAAUAUGAAAUAUGUAUGCUAGGAGUUAUAGUUAAAUAAUAUUUAGUACUGGUAUUUAAAUAACGGUGGCCCUUGAUCUCGUCCAACUAGACAAGUUCAAUUAGAACGUAACAUUUAGCGUUACAAUUUGUUUGGAAGCAGUCGAUCCAGUGUCAUAAUUCGACGCUGCGCAGUUUUUUUAAUUCUGCAGGCGUUCCGUACUGUCAUCGCGUAUCGGCUCUUCCUGCUUCUCAGUUCCAUUCCAUGUUGUAAAAUUUGUGUGAAUAUUUUAAAUGUUUUUGAAUUUAUUAAUAAAGUUAAUGAAAUAUAUA